UACUGGCAGCCUCCUCCAGGAGCCGCUUGGCGAGCUAGCUACCGGCUGUACAGGCGCCGUAUCAUCUGUCAGAAUAUUGUGUACUCUAAUGUCCGAUCUAAAAGAUAGAGGCAGUUGGGAAACACGCGUAUGGCUAAUAUAUUGUAUAAAAUGAAACGUUUUUUGUUUGUUUGAGAUGAUUUGGAGGAAUAAGUACGUCGUUCCGGAGGAGGAGGUACGGCGGCUUUCAAGCUCUCAACUUUAGACAGCUAGCUAAGGCUAAGCCGACACUUUCUGGGCAACCUGUGCUGGCGGCAGAAGUCAUCCGGCAGUCAUGUUUCAAACGGAAACACACAUUUCGUGCCUUUUCCCGGAAAUCUUGGCCAUUAUUUUCAGUUAUCUGGACGUUAAGGACAAAGGGAGAGUGGCUCAAGUGUGCGCGGCCUGGAGAGACUCGUCCUACCACAAGUCGGUGUGGAGGGGGGUGGAAGCCAAGCUGCAUCUGCGGAGGGCCAACCCGUCUCUGUUCCCCAGCCUGCAGACCAGGGGCAUCAAGAAGGUACAGAUCCUCAGCCUGAGGAGAAGUCUGAGCUACGUAAUUCAGGGGAUGCCGCAGAUCGAAAGUCUUAACUUGUGUGGAUGCUUCAACCUCACUGACAAUGGUCUGGGACAUGCCUUUGUGCAGGACAUCCCAUCCCUGCGGGUCCUGAACCUUAGCUUGUGUAAGCAGAUCACAGACUCCAGUCUGGGCAGAAUCGCCCAGUACCUGAAGAACCUGGAGGUGCUUGAACUCGGUGGGUGCAGCAAUAUCACAAACACUGGCCUGUUGCUCAUUGCCUGGGGCUUACACAGACUCAAAAGCCUUAAUCUUCGCAGCUGCAGGCAUGUAUCUGAUGUGGGCAUUGGUCACCUGUCUGGAAUGACCCGCAGUGCUGCAGAGGGCUGCUUGACUCUGGAGAAGUUAACAUUUCAGGACUGCCAGAAACUGACAGAUCUUUCUCUCAAACAUGUUUCAAAGGGCCUAAACAAGCUCAAAGUGCUCAACCUCAGCUUCUGCGGGGGGAUAUCAGAUGCAGGGAUGAUCCACCUAUCACAGAUGACCCAGCUGUGCAGCCUGAACCUGCGCUCCUGCGAUAACAUCAGUGACACUGGGAUAAUGCAUUUAGCCAUGGGCUCCCUCCGGCUCUCCGGCCUCGAUGUCUCUUUCUGCGAUAAGAUCGGAGACCAGAGCCUGGCCUACAUCGCCCAGGGCUUGUAUCAGCUCAAGUCUCUCUCUCUGUGCUCCUGUCACAUCAGCGAUGAUGGAAUUAACAGGAUGGUGCGCCAAAUGCAUGAACUCAAAACUCUCAACAUUGGGCAGUGUGUGCGAAUCACAGACAAAGGUUUGGAGCUGAUCGCUGACCACUUGACUCAGCUGACUGGGAUUGAUCUGUAUGGUUGCACUAAGAUCACCAAGAGGGGUCUGGAGAGGAUAACGCAACUCCCGUGCCUUAAAGUAUUAAACCUCGGGCUGUGGCAGAUGACCGAGAGUGAGAGAAUGAGGUGACACGUUCUCGUGUGUACAUUUCAUCAUGUAUGGUGCUGUAUGCAUUAAUUCAACCUUGUAUACUGUUAAUCAUACAAGGAGGGACCCUCCUGGAAUCUUCCACAAUGUUUAGUUUUCACGCUGUGUUUUCUUAGACUCUUGCUUUGAUAAACCUGCAGCCUGUGUACGUUCUGACCAUCUAGCUACCUCGCCCCCUGAACACAGGAGUGCCUACUGUUGGUGAAUACUAGAUUUUAUAUUUUUUAGAGAUUUUUUACAUUCGGAAACUUAAACCUGCAGAAGAAAUGGGAAUGUUUUAUUCAAGACGGAAAGGUUGCAGUUUCCUGGAUUUUAAAAUUAGGAAUUUUUGUUCUUUGAAUACUUAUAACUUGUUUAUAUUGAAUGACUGUUGCUGACAAAAUUGUACUUCAAAUUGAAGUGGGUGAAUCACUCCCGUCUCUUCAUGUUUACCCGUGUACAUUUUUCUUUUGUAAUAUUUCUGAGAAAGUAAUUUAAACAUAUAAUUCACCACUGCAGCAAAAAAUAACGUGUUAUUAACAGCUACACAGAUUAUAUGCAAUUGAACUGUUCUUCAGUGUUUUUCUUUCGCCUGAAGAAAUUCCAACCAUAAGGCCAGAGUAUUUGUCCAAAACAAAACAAAAACACACAGUAAUUUAAGAUGUUUUAUAUUCAUAAAAUAGUUGUAUUUAUGAAUAAAGAUUAUAAACAUG